AUCCCUCAGCUAUCACGAGGCUGAAAUGCUAUAUCUUUCAUGGCAAUGCAUCCCACCCUGUGAUGCGAUACAUGAUACAUUCACGUCGCGCAUCAUCUCGGUCGCAUCAAAUCUACAAUAUCAACCACCCCACCAACAAACAAUACAGCUUCACAUCAACGACUAUAUUAUUAACUUACAAUCUAAGCUACCUCAACUUCCCUCUUGUCGCAGAAAUUAAGCCGUCAAAAUGACACCACGAAAGCCUCGUCAGCGUCAAAACCAUCCUGGACCUUCUCAGCUAAGUCAAGUUCAAGCCUCCGACUAUGAUACCGAAACUCCAGUACCGGGUCCCGCACCUCCUAGUCGAACGAACGAAGAACUCAAUCUAUCAGUCCUCAGACGAUAUCACCCCUCAAUUCAAAAGAUCAAGUCACUUGCUGCAUCGGCUACUAUGUACAUGUUCUCUCUGGAAUCAAAAACAUGGGAGAAACUUCCUAUAGAAGGUACAUUAUUUGUGUGCGAGCUUUUACCCUCGCCAACAACUGGCGCCGAAGAUUACUGUAUUGUGGUGCUCAAUCGCAAAGGUCUCAACAAUGUAAUAUACAAUCUCAGCGAGAUGAACAAUGUGGAGAUUACCGGCGACUAUCUAUAUUGGACGGUUGAAAAGUCUGAAACAAUUGGAGGUACUCCGGUAGCGAAGGCUUUUGGCAUCUUUAUUCAUGAUGAUGAGACGAACACAAGAGUCGUGAAUCAAACAGAAAUCCUCAAAAAUUGGAAGAAGACGCAGGCCACGAUGAAUGAUGUGCAAGCUUUGGAGAACAAGGUGGAGCACUAUGGAGAUAAGGGAUUCGAGGGAACUCACGAAGCGGAAACUGUGACUGAAGCACAAGGAGGUAGAAGAUUGAGUAUAACAGAUUUAUUUGGUGGUCGUUGAAUAAUUUCAGCAAAAUGAUGGAUGAUAAGAAAAGAGGCUAUGGAUUAUGUGAAGAAACGGUUAAUCACCAGGGAAACAACAUGAUGUUUCACCCAUUCAUACCUAAAUGGUAGCUCCAAAUGAUCUCGCAAAGGAUCAUUGAGUUUCAUAUGAUGCGUUGCCCCAUGGCUGGUCAAAUAUUACUAGCGCCGCAAACCCGUGUGAGAAGAACAGUAAGGGCACACGCAUCUGGUUGAAGUGCAGGGCGCGAUGGCCAUGUAAAAUGCCAGGUUUGAGGAAGAGCAUCAGUGCAAAAGGUUUUAUACAUGUUUGUAGAAACCGCAAAUACAAUAAAAGCUUACAAGGAGGUCAGUGACCUUCCAAAGAGAACUUCCAGUCCUU